CUCCAUGGCUCCUUCAUUCGUUAACAGUCAUCAAAAAAAUGAAAAACAACUGUCAAGGAUAACUUUCUCACUACAGACAUCCAGGAUUAGUUAAUUCUGACAAAAUACCCGGACAGUUGAGAACAAAAAUAGAAAGUCGUUAACACCCAUAGAAAGCUCAGGAUUCAAGCUUCUGGGUUACUCACACGUGUCUUUGAUCUAUUUUUCCAUUGAUGCUCUGAAAUCCCAAGCCUUAUAUCUCAUUCUCAUUCUCUUUUUCCUGUUCUUUCCAACAAAAGAAAGAAUACGGAUUAACUUGAAAGAUUUUUAAGGAAAAUGGCAGAUGGAAUUUCUGAUUCCUCCGGUGGAAAAUUUCCAGAUGCUGAUGCUAAGGGGGAGUUGAAUCCAGGUGAAAACAAGGACUUUAAGGUUGAUUCUUUGUCGUGUGAGAUUGCUACUUCCAGGGAGAUCAAGGACCAAGCUAAGGCAGAAGAGAACAAGGGAAAGAAGGAUCCAAUGCAGAGGCUGAAAACAGCAAUUCUAGUUUCAGCUGUGGUGGUGGCAGUGGCAGGGGCAGCCUUUGCCAUAACCAAGAAAUUGAAAGAGAAAUGAACAUAUAUAGUGUGGCUACAGGUAGCCAAAAGAGUGUAUUAAAUCUAGCAAUUCUACCUUUUUUUUGUCUCAUUUUUGUUUAUUUAUUUUAUUAUUAUUA